ACCCCUAAACCUAACCCCUAACCCUAAACCUAACCCCUAACCCUAAACCUAACCCCUAAGCCUAAAAUAGUAUUUCCCUGUGGUUACCAACGAAAUGUCCCCACUUGUCCUAAUGUUCCUUGUUUUACUAUCCUUGUGAGGACUACUGGUCCCCACAAGGGUUGUAGAACAAAAAACACACACACACACUGACUCCGUAGUCUUGGACAGAGAAAAUUAUUUGUGAGUAUUUAUGGACGUUAUUGAGAUGUUGCAAGUUCUUGGCAAUACGAAUUUGCCUUGUAGCUAAUUUCCCUGCUGUUUGAUGAUCGAACACACGCUCCAUCCGGGUCUUUUUAUUCCAUAGUUGUCCGGACUAGCCUGUUAUUCGAGACGAGCAAUACAGGUUUGAUCUCUCUCUGAAUGUUAUUGCAUUACACUUUUGUUUAUCAUGUCCUUCUGUCCUGACCAAAUGUAUAAGCUUGGAGGUCACCUUAACUGGCUUUAUCUCCCCAGACUGCAAUAACAGUUAUGCAUCAGGUGAGAGGUGAUUAGUGACAGUUUACUUUCUGUUUGGCCUGCCUGCCCUACAUACACUAGAUUGUGUAUGACCAGCUUGAACCAGUCCAAUAGAUGUUAUAAAAUAGCCUUUUAGUCACAGGUAGUUACAGAAAUAUUAGAGAUUGUUGAUGCUGCAUAACUGGGUUGUGGUUUUGUAACACUACAUAACAAGCUAAAUAUUCCUGGGAAAUGCUUGCAGUCAGUGAGGCACUGUGGCACGGGGCCGACUGGCUUUGUGUUAUUGGAAUGCUGCUAGUACUGACGCAUUCUGCCAAGGCAGCAAUAUCACUGUCAUGUCAGGAGAGGCUACAGGGUUAGGCUCGGGAUUUCCAGUUUUAUUUGAAGCUUUAGGAUGCUGCACUGUGACCCUUGCUAGGUGGCUGACGGUGACCCUUCAAAAUAAACAGAUAAACAUGUUCUAUUACAGGUGUUGUUUUUCCAGACUGAUCAGGAAACCCUUAUUUCUGAUGCUAGGAAAUCUGGAAUACAUUUUCGGGAUUUACCACACUGACUAUUGUGUGCCGAUCAAAUCCCUGAAUCUCCAUGUUAAAACACCCUCACACCAAGCUUUGCUCUUGCUGUACAAAACCGCCUGGCUUUAGACCAACAGCAGCUCUCCCCGUGGCUUAUCUCUCCAUUCCUAUGUGAGCCCGUUCUUUAAAUAACAACCUCAAUUAUCCUCCAGCUGAUCUGUGGCCUGUGUUGGAGGACAGUUUCAUCCCUCAAUCCCCCAUGUAGAGAUCAGCUCACACAGGAUUUGAGCCUGGGAGCUGUACGGUUGUUACUUUUACUUUCUUUCUAUACUGCCCUCCUCAUUUGGGCACCGUCAUGCCCUGCCUGCUGUGACUCAGUGAGAAAGUGAAAAUAUCAGACAGGCAGCAGAGGUUCCUGAGAAAGCCAUCAAAGGGGGUGUUUUUCCACUGAACUAGGUCGUGAUUCCAGGAAGAGAGAGUGAAAGAGCAGAGCGCCUCUCCGUUCCCUGAAGCGCAGAGGGGAGUCACAUGAAGCCCUGAGCUCAGAGAGCCGUGACUCGACACAGCUGUGUGCCACUCCAGUGUCUUUGUGUUGGUGUGUGUGUUACAAGUCGACUCGGUACAGCGCCAGUGUGUUUGUGUUGAUGUCUGUGGAUUUCUGUGCGAGUCUGACUCUGGACGAAGGCAGUAUGGUCAGUGUACAGUCAGCGUGGCCUCCGUGGAUCAUGGAACCCGAUGACGGGCAAUACCACUUGAAUGCCACCAUGCCGGAUAUGCACAUCGACAUGUUCAGCCAUUCUGGGUUUCAUGACGAUUUCCCCUCCCUCAGCCUCCCCAGAAACGGAGACUUCCCUCAGGACCUGUCCUGCAUCGAUGACCUCUCCAACAACUCUCUGUUCUCCUCUCCGGCCGACUCUCUGUCAGAGUACGCCGAUGCCCAGGCCUUCAUCCAUGCAGACAACCUGGCCCAUGUGCCCACGUUAUGGGACAUAAACACACCAGCACAGAGCCAGCUGGUGCUAAAUGCCAACAGGUUUCAGGGUUUGAGCAGUUUGGAGGAUAUCUCUGCCAUUAUCAGCACCCCACCUUUGGGAGGAUACCAGGCUCAGAGAACCCAGACCCCGGCAGAAGAGGAGGCAGAGGAGGAGGAGGAGGAGACAGAGGAGCUGGGACAUGUAGACACCUACGCCGACUACAAACCAUCCAAAUCCACCAUAGGGAUCUCCCACCCAGACAUAGUGGUGGAGACCAACACGCUGUCCAGCGUCCCUCCUCCUGACAUCACCUACACUCUGUCCAUUGCUGACUCCACCAUCAAACGUGGCCUGCUCUCCGCCCUGCAGCUAGAGGCCAUCAUCUACGCCUGCCAGCAACAUGAGGUGAUCCUUCAGAACAACCAGAGAGCAGGCUUCCUGAUAGGAGAUGGGGCCGGAGUGGGGAAGGGCCGUACGGUGGCUGGCAUCAUCCUGGAGAAUUACCUAAAAGGAAGGAAGAAAGCACUAUGGUUCAGUGUGUCCAAUGACCUGAAAUAUGACGCCGAGAGAGAUCUCAAAGACAUAGAAGCUCCCACUAUUCCUGUGCAUGCCUUAAACAAGAUAAAGUAUGGAGACACAGCUACCUCAGAAGGAGUCCUGUUUGCGACAUACUCUGCUCUGAUCGGGGAGAGUCAAGCAGGAGGGCAGCACCGCACCAGACUCAAGCAGAUCCUGGACUGGUGCAAGCCCGGCUUUGACGGAGUCAUUGUGUUUGACGAAUGCCACAAGGCCAAGAAUGCCACGUCCACCAAGAUGGGCAAGGCCGUGCUGGACCUGCAGCACAAGCUGCCCCUGGCCAGGGUGGUUUACGCCAGUGCCACAGGUGCCUCUGAGCCAAAGAACAUGAUUUAUAUGAGCCGCCUGGGGAUCUGGGGCGACGGCACGCCCUUCAAGACCUUUGAUGAUUUCCUGCACGCCAUCGAGAAGAGGGGUGUGGGCGCCAUGGAGAUUGUUGCCAUGGACAUGAAGGUGAGCGGGAUGUACAUCGCCCGGCAGCUGAGCUUCUCAGGGGUGUCCUUCCGCAUCGAGGAGAUCGGCCUGGACGACGACUUCAAACUGGUCUACAACAAAUCUGCCAAACUGUGGGCGGAGGCUCUGGCCGUGUUCAUGUGUGCGGCGGAUGAGCUGCGUCUUGUCAGCAGGAAGUCCCUGUGGGGUCAGUUCUGGUCGUCUCACCAGCGCUUCUUCAAAUACCUCUGCAUCGCCGCCAAGGUUCGCUGCCUGGUGGAGCUGGCCAAGAAGGAGCUGAAGGCUGGCAAGUGCAUUGUGAUUGGUCUGCAGUCUACAGGAGAGGCCCGAACCAGAGAGGUCCUGGAUGAGAACGAUGGACACCUGGAUAGAUUUGUAUCCGCAGCAGAGGGGGUGUUCAAAGCUCUGGUACAGAAACACUUUCCCUCCGAAAAGCCGAGGAGAGAGAAAGCGCCUGGAAACAAGAGAAAACGUAAGCCCAGGGGCCGGCAGCCCAAGUUCCCAAAGCACACCAUGGUGGAUCCGGGGGGUGUAAUCAACAUCAGUGACGACAGCAGCACGGACACGGACGGCAUGGACACCGACUCCAACUCCUCGCCCGACUCCCUGCUGGACAACAACAACGACGACGACGUCAUCUUCGUCAACACCAGGAUAGAAGAGAUGAAGCAGGGCCUCCUGAACAAGAUCGCUGACCUGGGGAAGGAACUACCUCUGAACACUCUGGACGAACUCAUCGACAAGUUUGGAGGUCCAGAGAUGGUCUCGGAGAUGACGGGUCGUAAGGGCCGUGUGGUGCGACGUCCUGACGGGAGCGUGCGUUACGAGUCGCGUGCGGAGCAGAGCCAUACCAUCGACCACAUCAACCUCAAGGAGAAGGACCGUUUCAUGUGCGGAGAGAAGCUGGUGGCCAUCAUCUCGGAGGCGGCCAGCUCGGGCAUCUCCCUGCAGGCAGACAAGCGGGUGAAGAACCAGUGUCGGAGGGUCCACAUGACACUGGAGCUGCCCUGGAGCGCAGACAGAGCCAUCCAGCAGUUUGGUCGUACCCAUCGCUCCAACCAGGUGACGGCUCCAGAGUACAUCUUCCUCAUCUCUGAGCUGGCCGGGGAGAGACGCUUUGCCUCCAUCGUGGCCAAGAGACUGGAGAGCCUGGGUGCAUUGACCCACGGUGACAGGAGAGCCACAGAGUCCAGAGACCUGAGCAAAUACAACUUUGAAAACAAGUAUGGUACCAAGGCUCUGGAUAAGAUCACCAAAGCCAUCCUGGGUCACAUCGAGAGCAAGGUGUCCCCUCCCAAAGGCUACCCCGGGGGCGAUGCGCUGUUCUUCAGAGACAUGAAGCAUGGCAUGAUGGACGUGGGCAUCUUCUGCAAGGAGCCUCGCUUUGGUCUCAGUACUGAGAAAGACUGCAGCAUCACCAAGUUCCUCAACAGGAUCCUGGGCCUGGAGGUCCACAAGCAGAACUCUCUGUUCCAGUACUUCACUGACAACUUUGACUACCUGAUCGAGAAGGACAAGAAGGAGGGCAAAUACGACAUGGGCAUCUUAGAUCUGGCCCCAGGUAACGAUGAAAUCUAUGAGGAAAAGCAGGAGACCUUCAUGACAGUGGGUAAUCCCCAGGACGGACAGGUUGUGCUCUACAAGAUCAGCGUGGAUAGAGGGAUGCCCUGGGAGGAGGCCUACGAGAAGGCCCAGAACCUCAACAGUCCUGACGAGGGCUUCUACCUCUCCCACAAGUUGCGGGGGAACCACCCAUGUGUGCUGCUGGCGGAGCAGGGCCGAGGGAGGAACUUCAUCGUCUACAAGCCCAACAUCGGCAAGCAGGCCCACCCCGAGAGCCUGGACAACCUGCAGCUACGCUACCGCAAGGUGACCCCAGACCAAGCCAAGGACAGCUGGGAGAGCCAGUUCAACUUCUCCUUUGGGAAAUGUAGCCAUGCUAACUGGAACGGGAAGUGUAAGAAGAUCGAGGAGGGUCAGGAGUGUCUGCAGGGCAUGCGUCUGCGCCAGUACCACAUGCUGUGCGGGGCGCUGCUGCGCGUCUGGAAGCGCGUGGCUGACGUGGUCUCUGACAUCACCAGCUCCAGCAUCCUGCAGAUCGUACGCCUCAAAACCAAAAAUAGUAACAAACAAGUUGGUAUCAAGAUCCCAGAGAACUGCGUGGCCCGUGUGCGGGUGGAGCUUCUCAAAAUGGACGAGGAGGUAAAGAGGAGGCGCAAGGAGAGGGAGCAGCAUGCCCAGGAGCAGAGGCUAGCCCAGGAGCGGCAGCUCAAACAGCAGCUUCAGGACAAACACCUGCUGGCCAAGCUCCACAGCCAGCCCCAGAGCCUGUCUCAGUCUUUACCGGUCAAGCCUCUACUACAGCCCAAACCUCCACAGCUCAAACCCCAGCCCAGCCUGGUCAACCUGCUCCCCAGCAUGUCCAGCCUCUUCUCCCACUUCCCCCACCACUUCCCCUCCCUGCCCCCAAUGCAGACCGCCCCCACCUCCACCACCAAGCCCUCCCGGGUCGGGGAGGAGGUGCUGGACCUGACGGUGAGCUCCUCUCCCUCCCCAGACAGCACAGAGGGAGGCCUGGGCCUGGUCAGCCUAACGGGGGGCUCCAUGGGGAGCUUCGGAGAGGCCUUUGGCCUGGAGUCUCUGAUAUCGCGGAGCGCACUCACCGCCCAGAACACUGCACACAUUCUGCAGCAACCUCUACAGCCACCGCUCAUUAAACAGCGGCAGCUACAGUCGCCACAGCAGAUACAACCACAGCUACAGCAGUGGUCAGAUCGGCCUUUAAUCAACAGCGCCCACCAGGACUACUAUAUCCUUAACCUGAUGGACCAUCCAGACUCUCUGCCUUACUCUCUCUCCAGCCAGACAGCUACUAACCCCUCCUCCUCUUCUACCUCCUCCUCUUCCUCCAACACAGUGGCUCACGUCAUGUCCGGCCACCUCUCGUCCCCCUCCACCCCCUCCUCUCUCUUCUCUUCGGCCCUGGCCCCCUCAGAACAGCAGCCCCUCCCUCUAGCCAACAGCCACUGCAGCACGGACACACUCAUCAACGCGCGCGAGGUCCUGGACAACAUGAUGCGGACCAGUGCGGACCGCCAGACGGUUAUCCAGUACCAGCCGAACGAAUGGGACUCUGCGUAACAACCUUUUCAGUGUGGCUGUCUGUCUGUGUGUCCUCUAGCUGCCGAGGACACAGACCCCUCCUCCCCUCUCUCCUCAGGGCCUAGUCACAUCACUGCCUGUCUUGUGCUCUUCUCCUCCCCAUCCGUCUCCAGGCUCUGGAUCCACAGGCCAGGGGCACGUUCACUAGACCAAAUGGUGUGGUCUCGUUCAGAAAUGGUGAACGAAGGACCCGGGUGGAAUUGGCCGGGUCCCUUCAUUGAGAGAGAGAGAGAGAGAGAGAGCGGGGGGCUCAAAACCACCGUUUCUACUCCAAGGCUUGACUCCAUGAAGAAACACAAUUCCACCUUGGUUUGAUUUCGUUUUUAAGAAUAUCAAAAGCGCAUGUGCUUUUUAAACGAUCCAACCACGGUUGGAAUUGUGUUGGUUUGUUGAGGAAAUCACAAUGUAGAAACAUAUUUUUCUAUAACCACAGCUUCCCCUACUGGUUAUGUUGGGUAUCAUUGGUAAUAAUUGGCUGGCUUCCAACUGCCUUUCAUGCACAUCUGUUGCGCGUUUGUUUUUCUGUGUUGCCUCAUCGCCAUUGCAUCGACUGGAAUUGGGCUAUCUUGCAAAGCUUGGUUUGUUCAAACCAAGGGCUCCACUCAAAAACAUCAAACUGGAAAAAUCAACACAGGGCAGAUUGGUUCGUAGGGGUGAAAUGUUUUAGUUUUAGCCCCGUCCUCUCCCUCGUGUCCCCCUUUCCCUGCGGUUUCUAUCAUCACUCGCUCCUGUGUCUCGUUUGAAAAAAGAAGGGAGGGGGAAAAGAAAACAGUCUGCCAUUGUAACAGUGCCUUUGGAAACCUACUCAAAUGCAGUCUUCAAAACCCAUAUAGGCCUAAUGUAUAGAUUUAUAAUCGAAGCAUUGGCAUCUUAAUUUAUUAUAUUUGUAUUUAACUUACUCCCCCCCCCUUACCCCACUGUUGGGUCUAUGCUGGUGGCAGGUGCCAGGGCUAGCCCCCACGCCACAACCCAGUAUGUGUAUGUCUGUCUGUGGACCCUACACUAUAACGGUCUCUUCAGCCCAACGGCAGACUGUUCUAUGUGGAACCCUGCUUUCCCAGGCCUUGUGAUAGACAAAGAACAGGGGUUAGAUGGGAUAGACACUGCUCGUUUAAUGCAAUUGGGUGGAUGGUUUUAAAAUGGUGUCAAAUAUCCUACUUUAAGUCUACACAUUCAUCCAACGAUGUGACCCCUGGUUUGCUUUUGAUUUGAAGUUCUCAGGAAAGUCUCGAGUGCAUUUGUUAUUUUGUUUUGUUCAACUUUCUGACCAAUAUUGAUAUGAAUAUUUGUUUUAGCCCAUAUUAUAUGUAUAUCGUAUAUAUUACAUUUCAAAAUAUGUGCGAUCUGGCUGUCUUUGUGAAAUGAAUGCACUGUAAUUGGUUCAUGAAAAGCCUGGGUAAGUUCAACCAAUCAAAAGCAAUAAACAACACAUUUUGAAUAGCAGAUGUUUUAGAAGUCUAAGUACUGUUUAUGCUCCACAGCCGAAGGUUAUAGAUUCACCUGUGCAUGGUAAGAAUUGUAUUCCUCUUUAUUUCUGUUCUACUCGUAGUCUGUAGUUCAAGACAGCUGAAAUACUUAUGAACUUUGUAUAAACAUUGUGAUGGGAUAAAAGCAAUGUGCUCUUGAUGUUUUUGUCAUCCUUGUUAUUAUGAUCAUUAUAAUUGUUAUUUAUAUUUAAGGGACAUUUAGUUUUUAGAUUGUUAUCCUGAUGAUACUUUAGGUCAGGGACGUUUCUAGUUUAAGAUUACUAUAAAAACAAAACAAUUAGUUUAUAACCUGCCACCAAAUAAUAUUGCACUGUGCUGUACUGCUGUACAGGGUUGUUGGUUUGUUUCUUUUCAGUUAUUUUAUCUGAUUCUGCUUGUGACUUAAGUAGAAUCGUUCCAACUUUUACAGCUUCUGCCAGGACUUUAGAAUGCAAA